CUAAACGGUCAUGUUUUCGAACAACAACUAACGGAACAGAAAUUUAUAAAAAAUAUAAUAAAAAACACACAUACACAACAUACAAAAAGAAAAUAUUUACGUGAAAUUAUAAGUUAAAGAAAUUUUGAACAAAAUAAUUAUAAAUAAAAAAAUUCAAAUAAAAUCAAAACAAAAUUUUAAACAAAAAUUCUAUGUUCAAAUUAUAAAAAAUAAACAAAAGUGUUUAACAAAAACAAACCAAAGUUUUAUUAAAAAAAAAAAAACUCAACCAAAUACUUUAUUAAAAAAAAAAACCAAAUAUGGCUUUACCCAUUACCACUUUAAGACCGGAUUACCUAGAAACCUCCAGCUUAAUGCAGGAGGGCGAGGAAUCGCUAACUGCUUCACCCACAAUUAUGGAUAUGUGGAUGUCUCAGUUACAAAAAGAUCAUCCGGAAAUAUCCUUUGUCAUACCUAGUCAACAUGAUAAUCAACAUAUCGAUAAUAUGAUGCAAUUUAAACAAUUGCUAGAACAGGUGGGCAAUACUGCCUACGAUACUAUUACAGCCGGUUCUCAACAUCAUGAAUCUAAUAUUUUAAUAGAUUCCAUGGGUCAGACCAUAACACACGAUCAAAUUUCAAAUAGUGCAGUUUUAAAUAUGGCUGAUUUGAAAAAUAAUGCUUUAAGCGGUUUAGAGAGAUUUUUCUCCGGCAGCGAUAUGCAUUCAUUAAUCAAUUAUUUGUGGGUUGGUGUGGUCACCUCACUGAUAGUGUUGACAGUGAUAUUUGUGCUGUUCAGCUGUUAUUUCUAUAGGAAGUUUCGCGAAUGGAAGAAAUGCAAUAAAGAUAUUCGCGCUCAUUUAAAUAACGAUUUGUAUGGUGGUGGUGCUGUUAUGCCUUGUGCUACUGCUGCUGCUGCUGCUAAUAACCCUGAAGCAGCCUAUUAUCAAAUGGAAUCACCUCCCUGCUAUACCAUUGCCACCGGUCUACCCUCAUACGAUGAAGCUUUACACCACAAUCAACAACAUUUUGCCUUUGGCAUGAAAUUCAUUUAUCCCACUUUGGCUGCUGUACAUCAUCAAGCCUCAAAUUUGAUCAGCUCCUGGGAAAAAUACGACAUGAAUAGCAAAGACCAAAAGAUAAACGAAACAGUAGCAACUAAAUGUAAAUCUUCGCAAACCAAUAACAGCAACAAAUCAUCUACAUCAUCAUCAUCAUUUCCCAACUACUGCUCGUCUCCAUCUCUAACAUUAGAAGCCUCUACAGCUAACUCAGCCUCUGCUUCACUUUUGCUACCUCCCUCCUAUCAGGUGGCUGCUAAUAUGUCUCUACUAUCACAGCCUUUGACAACAUGUGAUAAUGUUAGCAUUACUAUGCCCCAAUUAGAGACGUGUACAACAUCAGCAAAAACCUCAAGUGAUUUAACAGACAUCAUAACUGUAUGAUUAGCUGGUUAAAGGAGAUUUUUAUACAAUUUCCAUCCCCCCCAAAAAUGGAAAUUUGUAUUAGAAUUUUUAUUUAGUUUUAUCCAAAACAACAAAAAAAGUGUAAAUAAGUUUUGUAAAUAGAAAAGAAAAGUUUAAACA